AUGCAUAGUAGGAUGGUACGGCGAUACGCGAGGUCACCUGCAAAAUGCACCUUUGUCGCGUUCAAUACCAAUUUUUUGAUCUUGACUGUGUAUAUCGGCUCAGCCAUCCACACGUCAUCAAUUUCCGGCCGGAUGACAGAUUUUGAUAUCUCUCAGAAUGCGGCUGCCCUCACACUAUACGUCCUUGAACUUCCGAAGAUAGAUUGUAACCCGGUGUACAUAGUAAUUAUUCCUACUCGUCAUCUUCCAGACUCCAUUACUGGUCCAGUCAUCGGAGGGUUCGCAGCACAGGCCAACGGAUGGGGGUGGCUUCACUAUGAACUCAUCUGGAUCGCCGAUUUCACACCUAUCAUCCUUCUUCCACUUCUGCCCGAGACUUACGAGCUAACGAUCCGGCUGAAGCGCGCGCAGGAGCUUAGGAAACUCACUUGA